CAAGGUUGAGAAACACUGUUCUGAACACAAAGAUUCAUGAUCUGUAAUGUAAUGAUAUUACACAUCAAGGUAACAGCUCGUUGCUGCUAUUCAGAGAGGAAAUUCUCCCUCUGUCAUGGCCUCAGCCUCGUCUGCUGCACCUGAGAGAAAAGAUGGAUUUUGUGACCAGUGUAGCAAAUAUGUGAAAGAUCCAUUAUCUGUAGAAUGUGGUCACAAUUUCUGCCGGCCUUGCAUCACUGAUCAUUAUCGGGAACGGAAAAAGGAAGGGCUUUUUUUCUGCCCUGUUUGCGAAGAGCCGAUCCCUGAAGGAAAACUCCGGCGAAUCCUGCAGCAGCCCAGUGAGGACGAAAAAAUCAGAUUACUUCCAGAAAAAUCAUUUGUCUGUCCGAAACACAAGGUGGCCCUGGAUCUGUUUUGUCAAGACGAUGAGAAGCUGAUAUGUGCUAUUUGUCAAAAGUCAUCGGAACAUAAAACUCACACUGUAAUUUCUCCCAAACAGGCUGCCCAACCAUUAAAGGACCAGCUACGGAGCAGGAUUAUCCUUCUGGAGGAAAAGAAGGAUUUAAUGGAGGCUCAUCCUUCCGAUGCAGAAAAGGAAAUUGCCGAGUUGCUUGGACAAAUGGAAGAAGAGCGGGAGAAGUUAGACAAUGUGUUCAAACAACUACAUGAUUUUCUGCAUAAACAGGAAAAACAACUGCAGAACCGAAUGAAAAUGGUGGAGAAAGAUUUUCAAAAAAACAAGACAGAAUACCUGGAGGGGCUUUCAAAGGAACGCACCAUACUUAAAAGUAUCAUUAGGGAGAUGCAGGAGGUGUGUGAGCAGCCAGCUGUGGAGUUCUUAAUGGAUUUUAAAGGCAACAUGCAGAGAUAUGACAAAGCACUUGAAAACCCAGUUGCUUUUCCUCUUGAACUGAAAUGGAGGUCUUGGGAUUUCUGUGAUAUAAAUCCUUUUCUGGAAAAUGCUGGGAAGAUAUUCAACGAGUCUUUGAUGGCUGGAAUUCAGCUGCAGAAAGCACAUGUAUUUCUGGAUCCAGAUACAGCGCAUCCUCGUCUCAUUCUGUCGGACGACUGUAAAAGUCUGAGAAUGGGCGAAUGGUAUCAAGCUCUACCCAAAAUCCCAGAAAGAUUUGACGAAUGGCCUUUUGUGUUGGCCUGUUCAGGAUUCACUACCGGCAGACAUUUUUGGGAAGUCAUUGUGGGGACGGAAGACACCUGGGGUGUCGGAGUUGCCCGAAAGUCUGUAAGGAAAAAAGGAGAUAUUGAAUUUAGCCCAGAAGAAGGAUUCUGGGCUGUGGGGAAGUGGGAUGGCAACUAUACAGCAUACAACCCUCCCUUUUAUACUCCCUUGACCUUGCGUAGGAUGCCCAAGAAGAUCAGAAUAAUUCUGAACUACGAAGGGGGAUGGGUGACUUUUUUUGAUGCUGAUACAGGAGCUCCUCUCUUUGCGUUUUCUGCACACCCCUUCGCUGGAGAGGUGAUCCUUCCCUUGUUUUAUGUGUUUGGAAAUGCUACGCUUUCCAUCGCUCACUAAAGCUGCUAUCUCUGCUUCUCAACCUUGAUUGGUAGUAGGUAAAUACAAUUUACCAAAUACAAGCCUGGAAAAUUAAUCAUCAAGGAGAACAAGAAACAAGUGGGGAUCUAAGAUGGACUUUCUACAGUCUUGGUCCCCCCAGGGGUGGUGGGAUUGCAGCUUCCAAGUUUCCCAAGUUAGUGUGAUUGUUUUCUAUCCUGCCUUUUGAAAGGUGCAAGUGCCAGCAUGUAUGAAGAGGGUCAACAAGGAAAUCUCUGACAGCUCUACCAAACCUCCGUUAAUUUUCAGACAGACUAAUAGCUAAUGAUGCAGAGUUCAUCUUUAUUUCUUUAAAAAAGCUAUAACAUUACUGAUCAAAGGUAAUAUUUCCUCUCAGCAAAGAACCAGGGCUUCUCACAUGACCUUGGUGAUAUCCAGAUAAGUGGCUUCUCACAUGAUGAGAGUGUCAUUAUUUCAAGACCUUAGUGAUAUCCAGAUAAGUGACCUUCAACUCCCAGAACUUUCAUUCAACCAUGUUUGCUGUGGAAUUCUGGGACUUAAAGUCCACACAUGACCAAGUCUGGGAAACACUAUCUUGAUUGAUCUUCCAGCUUUAAAACUACCAGAUUUGUUAGGAACUGAUCUUUUUAAUAAAUUUGUAUAGCAAUUCCUUUUCCUCAAAUUCAUGGGUAGGAAUAUGGAUAAGGGCUGUUUGGCUGCAUUGCCAUCGAAACCAAGG